GGGUAUUUCCAGAAGCCUCUCUCGGGGUGCUCAUUGCCUUCGGGGAGCCCAGCGGAGCCAUGGCUGAGGAGCAGCGGGACCUCAUCUCUGACCGCGCCAGCGGUGUGCUCAGUGUUGGGGACACCCAGAGGUCUGGGCUGGGGCGCAAAGCUGCCUUCUCCACACUCUCCAUCCUGGUGGCCCUGCUCAUUGUCGGCCAGGCUGUCACCGUCUACUACGUGUACCAGCAGAGUGGGCAGAUCAGCAAGCUGACCAAGACCUCGCAGAACCUGCAGCUGGAGGCUCUGCAGAGGAAGCUGCCUGCCAAUGCCAAACCAGUGAAUAAGAUGAAGAUGGCCAAGGCAAACACACCUCUGGUCAUGAGUGCCCUGCAUCCUGCACCCUUUGAAGACUUUUCGGCCAAGGCCCCUGCUAGCAACAAAACUGAGGACCUAGUGAAGCACGUGCUGCUGCAAGCAGACCCCAGCAAGAUGUUCCCGGAGCUGAAGGACAACCUGAUGGACAACCUGAAGCGCCUGAGGAGCACCAUGACUCAUGUGGACUGGAAGUCCUUCGAGUCCUGGAUGCACAAGUGGCUGCUGUUUGAGAUGGCCAAGAACCCCCAGUCGGAGGACCACAAGGCAAUCCCAGCAGCGAAAGUGCUAACUAAGUGCCAAGCAGAGGCCACUUUUGGGACUGAUCUGGUGGGCCACUUCCGCCCCCAGUGCGAUGAGAAUGGUGACUACAUGCCCAAGCAGUGCAAUUUCACCACCGGCUUCUGCUGGUGCUGCUACAAAAAUGGCACCAAGAUUAAGGACACUGAAACUCGGGAAAAGCUGGACUGCCCUGGCACUGCUGCUCCCAGUGCUGCUGCUGGCACCCCAGAUCCAGAGGAGAUGAUCUUCUCUGGGGUGGACAUGCUUAAGCUGAGCCCAGGCAAAGGAGAGUAGAAGAGGAUGGCAGCAGUUGCCUUCAGCAUCCCUGCCCCUUUAGCUCCUGCAUUUUCUCUUUUCUGUUCUUACAUUGCUCUUCCAAGGUAGUUAACAGUGGGCAUCCCUGGGCACCCUUCCCUGGCUGCAGAGCUGCCACCACCAUCAAUGUCCCCUCAGAGGGUGGGUAGACCAGGCUGGAAAAUUAUUUCAACCACCUCAGAUCCAUAAAUCCUGUUCUGUUUGGCUCUACUUCCAGCUCACCCCUGCUGAAGACCUUAAGCUUUCUUAGACUGAACAAACAUUAAAAGCAGCUUCUUAACUGAUCCCUGUAGGCUGGAGCCCUGUUAGUUACUGGAGUAAUGGGUUUUUAUUGCAGAGUGCUCGGAUUUGUACAUAGAUUCGCCUACAGCCUCAGCAGUGGGUAACCAUGGGCAGAGGGGCUUUUGAUUUUCCUGAAUAUAUCUGAUUGUUCCUUUAUAAAUGAUCUCACAAGCUAAUAAUCUCAAAUAAACUUUUAAAUAAGAAAGCCUUGUAAGCAA